AUGACAAACAUCAUCAUAGAAAAAUACCAUAAGUGGUUAUAUUGGCGUGAAGAUAAGGAAGAAUCUUUUUUGGAUGUUGGAAGUGGACCUGGGGAUAUAGUUCGCGCAGUGAUAUAUCCUUGUCUUCCUGCAAAUUUCUCAAGACUCGUCCUGUCGGACAUUUCUGAGCCAAUGAUUGAACUAGAGAAAAAGAACUUCAAAGGAUGUGAUCGUGUUUCUUGUGAAGUUCUUGACAUUGGAACCAAAAUUAGUGAGCAAAAGCUUAAGGAUCUUGGAACUUUUGACCACGUAAUGUCAUUCUUUUGCUUAAUGUGGGUUCCUGACCAAGAGACUGCAAUGGAGAACAUUUUCAAACUGGUGAAACCCCGUGGAGACUGUUUUAUUGUACUUGCUGCUAAUUCAACUAUUCUAGAUGCUGUUACGUCUGUAUGUGAAAGUCCUCGAUGGAAAGAAUAUUUUAUCGGAUGGCAGGAUUUUUAUGCAUUUCCCUACAGAAAACUGGAUGAAGCCAAGGAAAAAGGAAUGAAGUUUUUGAAAAAUGCCGGAUUUGUAGAUAUUAAAGCGGAUUUGAUGACAAAUUAUAUCAAAUUUCUUUCUGACGAGCAAAAGGUGAACUUUCUUAGUUCAAUGCCCAAUAAGUUCUCUAAGGAAGUGACUAAGGAAGAAGAAAAUGAAAUAAUCAAGGAACGUAUUCAGCAUCUCACUAAAAGUCAGCAAGCAGCUAAGGAUGAUGAUAACGCUGGAAAAUAUGAUGUAAUUAGCACUUAUUUAAUUUUGUAUGGGAAGAAAGUUGAAUAAAUUUUGAAAAUCGA